UCUGAAGAUGCCCCCCGCGGCGCUUCUGGAGCGAUCCCCUCUCACUUUACCUCUGCUUCUGUCCCUGUAGCUUCCGACAGCAGCAGCAUCACCGGGCCUUGCACGAUGCUGGAGUCGUAUGUGACUCCUAUUUUAAUGAGUUAUGUGAAUCGCUACAUCAAGAACCUGAAGCCGUCAGAUCUGCAGCUGUCACUCUGGGGAGGAGAUGUGGUUCUCAGCAAGCUCGAAUUAAAGCUGGAUGUACUGGAACAGGAACUGAAAUUGCCAUUCACGUUUUUAAGUGGACAUAUUCAUGAAUUACGAAUCCAUGUGCCAUGGACAAAAUUAGGUUCAGAGCCAGUGGUAAUCACUAUUAAUACAAUGGAAUGCAUCUUGAAACUCAAGGAUGGAUUACAGGAUGACCAUGAAAGUUGUGGUUCUAGUUCAACUAACAGAAGUGCUACUGAGAACACAAAAUCAUCAGUGAAACCUAGACGAAUUCAGCAAGCUACUCCUACGGACCCUGACUUACCACCAGGCUAUGUGCAGAGCUUGAUCAGACGGGUCGUAAACAAUGUCAAUAUCGUUAUAAAUAAUCUCAUAUUAAAGUAUGUAGAGGAUGAUAUUGUUCUUUCAGUCAACAUUACAUCUGCAGAGUGCUAUACAGUAGAUGAAUUUUGGGAUCGAGCAUUCAUGGACAUUUCUGCAACUGACCUGGUACUGCGGAAAGUUAUAAAUUUUUCUGACUGCACAGUUUGUCUUGAUAAGAGGAAUGCUAGUGGUAAAAUUGAGUUUUACCAGGAUCCUUUGCUGUACAAAUGUUCCUUCAGAACUCGACUUCAUUUUACUUAUGAUAACCUGAAUUCCAAGAUGCCGUCAGUCAUUAAAAUUCAUACUCUAGUUGAGAGUUUGAAGCUUUCCAUCACAGAUCAGCAACUCCCAAUGUUUAUUCGUAUAAUGCAACUAGGUGUUGCUCUUUACUAUGGAGAAAUAGGAAGUUUUAAAGAUGGAGAAACAGAGGAUCUCAGCUGUCAUACUAAAGAUCUAUUAGGAAGCAUUCCGGGUGGUGAAGGUGAAACUGGCAUGGAUAUACAAUAUCCUACCCAAUAUAAAGCUCAAGAGUUUUAUUCACAACAAGAUGAUGAACAGUCCCAGGGAUGGGUAUCCUGGGCUUGGUCGUUUGUUCCUGCCAUUGUGAGUUAUGAUGAUGGAGAGGAUGACUAUCUUGGAAAUGAUACGAUAUCGGCUCUGCAUCAGCAAAAGUCUCAGACUUUAAAAGAUCCAGUUGUUUCUAUAGGAUUUUAUUGUACAAAGGCCACAGUGACUUUCAAGCUCACUGAAAUGCAAGCUGAGAGUAGUUACUAUAGCCCUCAGAAAGUAAAAUCAAAAGAAGUAAUAUGCUGGGAGCAAGAAGGAACCACAGUUGAGGCCCUGAUGAUGGGAGAUCCUUUCUUUGAUUGCCAAAUUGGUUUCGUAGGUUGCCGAGCCAUGUGCCUUAAAGGAAUUAUGGGUGUUAAAGAUUUUGAAGAGAAUAUGAAUAGAUAUGAUGCUGAAGCAUGUUUCUUCGUUUGUGGUGAAAAUCUGAGUACUAAAGGUUUGACAUAUCUUACAAAUUCACUGUUUGAUUACCGAAGUCCAGAAAAUAAUGGUAUUCGUGCAGAAUUUAUUUUGAAUGCAGCUCAUCAUAAGGAGACAUAUACUGAGAUAGCAGGAAUGCAGAGGUUUGGAGCUUUCUACAUGGAUUACUUGUACACAAUGGAGAGCUCCAGUGGCAAAGCACCUGGAAAUCAACAAGACCUUCCUUCCACAAAAAGUGAAGAUUUGGGGAAUGUUCAGGAGAAGUCCACCAAAAGUCUUGUUGUAGGUCCUCUUGAUCUUCGCUUGCAUAGCAGUGCAGUACACAGGAUUUUGAAAAUGAUUGUUUGUGCCUUGGAACAUGAAUAUGAACCUUACAGUGGGAUAAAACCAGAUGUUGUGGAUGAAUAUAGAACCAUACCAAACACUGAAGAAGUAGCAUCUCUGGAGGAAUAUAUUCCUACUCGACUCACUUGUGUUACUAUUCUUAAAUGUACUGUUACAGUCUUCAUGGCUGAAUUCAACUUAUUAGGUCAUUUGCUUCCUGUUAUUAUGGGCGAAAAGAACUCCAGUAGCUUCAUGAACACCACAAACUUUCAGCCAUUACGACCUUUGCCUUCUAUUCAGAUACUUGUUGAUAAAAUAAAUUUGGAACAUUCUAUGCCUAUGUAUGCUGAACAGUUGGUACACACAGUCAGUAGCCUUAGCCAGCCUUCUGACAACCUGCUUCAUAACUGCUAUGCACACUGCUACCUUAAGGUAUUUGGUUUCCAGGCAGGAUUGACCUCUCUGGAUAGUAAAGGAAUGUACUGCUUACCUGUUCCACUUAUUCCCUCUUUUAGCAUUGCUAUUUAUGGGAAAUUGCUGAAACUCCCCAUGUGUUGGACCAAACGGUCUCAGGUUCCCUUAAAUGAAUGCAUAUUUGAACUUCCCAACCUCACAAUUCAAGCAACAAGAGCACAAACCCUACUGCUACAAACAAUUUACCAAAGCUGGUCUCAUACUGGAGGUAUCGGUUCUUCAGUUGUGAAUGAAACUUUAAUGACUGACAUCUUCCAGACUUCAGGUGUGAAAUCUAAGAAUCCCUUGCCAACUCUUGAGGGCUCAAUCCAGAAUGUUGAAUUGAAGUACUGCAGCACAUCAUUGGUCAAAUGUGCCUCUGGGACCGUGGGAUCAAUAAAAAUUUGUGCCAAAGCCCCAGGUGAGAAUGGAAAAGAGAAACUGAUUCCGUUAAUUCAGGGCCCUUCUGACACCAAAGACCUCCACAGCAGCAAAUGGCUCAAUGGCAGAAAGCCAGAAUCUCUGUUAGCCCCAGAUUUGAUAGUCUUUACAAUGCAAAUUCCCCAAUCUGUGGACUACUGUCAUAAUUCAGGUGCAGUGCUUCUUGCCAACAUCCAGGGAAUCGCAGCCAGUAUUGACCCAGUCUUAUACACAUGGCUUAUCUACCAGCCCCAGAAACGAAGUAGUAGACAUAUUCAGCAGCAGGCCAUGGGAGCUGUUCCUCAUGUUAUGCCAGUUACCAGAAAGAAAGAGGAUGAGGUGUCAGUUGGAAGCAUGCCCUUGGCAAAGCAGCAGUCAAAUCAAGCCUCUGAGUAUGCCAGCAGCCCUGUCAAAACAAAAACGGUAACAGAAUCACGACCAUUGUCAGUACCAGUGAAAGCCAUGAUGAACACAACUGAAACCUGUAAAACUCCUGAGGAAAGAAUGAAAGAGUUUAUUGGAAUAGUAUGGAAUGCAGUUAAGAGGCUUACACUACAGCUUGAAAUACAAUCCUGUUGUGUUUUCAUUCCAAAUGACAGCCUGCCUUCCCCAAGUACAAUUGUAUCUGGUGACAUCCCUGGAACAGUAAGAAGUUGGUACCAUGGACAAACCAGCAUGCCAGGAACCCUUGUUCUGUGUUUACCCCAGAUAAAGAUUAUUAGCGCUGGACACAAAUACAUGGAACCUUUGCAAGAGAUCCCAUUUCUUAUCUUGCGACCUAUUCUUGAAGAAGGUAAUGCUUUCCCAUGGACAAUCAGUUUAUAUCAUUUCAGCAUUUAUACCCUGCUUGGACACCAAAUGACACUUGGGUUAGUACAGCCAAUGGGUUGUACAUCUACUCUGGCUGUCACUUCUCAAAAGCUGCUUGCCGUGGGGCCUGAAUCCAGACAUUCAUUUGUUGUCUGUCUCCAUGUUGACCUAGAGUCACUUGAGAUAAAAUGUUCGAACCCCCAGGUUCAGCUCUUAUAUGAACUAACAGACAUCAUGAAUAAGGUCUGGAAUAAGAUUCAGAAGAAAGGCAUUCUAAAUCAGUCUUCAGGCUAUCCAGAGUCUGUGACAGGGCCUGUUCCAAGCUCUCCAAUUAGAAGUAGUGUUGGUACAGUUCCACCAGAUACCAGCACAUGCAGCCCAUCUGCUGACAUUGGAACUACUACUGAGGGUGAUUCUGUACAAGCUGGUGAUGACUCCCCAUUUUCUGAUUCUGUUACCUUGGAACAAACUACAAGCAACAUUGGUGGGUCAAGUGGACGUGUUAGCCUCUGGAUGCAAUGGGUGCUACCAAAAAUUACCAUCAAGCUAUUUGCUCCAGAUCCUGGACACAAAGGAAGAGAGGUCUGUGUAGUUAGUGAAUUAGAAGAUCUCAGUGCUUCAGUAGAUGUCCAAGAUGUUUAUACCAAGGUCAAGUGUAAAAUAGAAAGUUUCAAUAUCGACCACUACAGAAGCAGCCUUGGGGAAGAGUGUUGGUCUCUGGGGCAAUAUGGAGGUGUCUUCCUUUCCUGUACUGACAAGCUGAACAGACGCACCUUGUUGGUUCGACCCGUCUGCAAGCAGGACCCUUUCAGUAAUUUCUCUGGCUUCUUUCCUUCUACAACUUCAAAACUUUUAGAUGGUUCACAUCAACAGCAUGGAUUUCUCUCUCUUACAUAUACAAAAGCAGUAACCAAAAAUGUCCGGCAUAAGUUAACAUCAAGAAGUGACCGAAAAAGUUUCCAUAAGUUAUGUGAAGGCUUAACAGAUGGCUCACCUCACUUUCUUCAUGAGAUUCUCCUUUCUGCACAAGCAUUUGAUGUUGUUCUCUGUUUUCCUUUACUUAAUGCAAUUGCAAGCAUUUUUCAAGCAAAACUACCAAGAACUCAACAGGUGAAAAGAAAAUCUCCCGGUCAGCCCAUGAGGACUCACACUCUGACCUCCCGCAACCUGCCUUUGAUCUAUAUCAACACAAGUAUAAUCAGAGUUUUUUUCCCCAAAACUGAGGAAAUGCAGCCUGCUAUUGGAGUUACUGAGGCUGCAAGAGAAGACACCCUGGUUUUGAAGAUUGGCUCUGUCGCCAUGGCUCCUCAGGCCGACAACCCACUUAGCAGAACCGUCCUUAGGAAAGACAUUUACCAGAGAGCAUUGAAUUUAGGAAUUCUUCGAGACCCUGGAUCAGAAGUCGAAGACAGACAAUACCAAAUAGACUUACAGUCAAUCAAUAUUGGUACUGCUCAGUGGGAUCAGCUAAAACCAGAGAAGGAAAGUAGCAAAGGAGGUGUCCUGACAGAAAAUGAAAGAAAUUCUCAAAAUCCAGCACUUGAAUGGAAUAUGGCUAGCAGUAUACAGCGACAUCAGGAAAGGAGAGCAAUUUUAACUCCAAUUUUGACUGAUUUUACUGUCCGAAUAACUGGAGCACCUGCAAUCAUUUUCACCAAAAUCAAUUCACCAGAAAACUUGCAUACAGAGGAGAUUUUAGUGUGUGGCCAUUCCUUGGAAGUGAACAUAACCACAAGUCUGGAUUUCUUCCUAAGCGUGGCUCAAGUUCAGCUCCUCCAUCAGUUAAUAGUAGUAAAUAUGGUUGGACUGGAACCUUCAAACAAGACCACAGAGAUCUCCAAACAAGAACAGAAAAACAUGGAUAUGCCCGAUGGGGGCAUAACGGAAACCUCUUCCCGUUGUAGUGGAGCCCAAGAUAGUGGCAUUGGUAGUGACAGUGUCAAAAUUAGGAUUGUUCAGAUAGAGCAACGUAGUGGUGCCAGUCAGCAUCGGAUCGCCCGUCCUUCUCACCAGUCAUCAAUUGUGAAAAAUUUAAAUUUUAUUCCCUUUGACAUAUUUAUUACUGCAAGUCGAAUCUCUCUGAUGACCUACUCCUGUACAACUUUACCCAAAAUGAAAGCACAAGACCAGAAUGAUAGCGAGAAAGUCGGCAAGAGCUCAUUAAACCUACCAGCAACAGAGUCAGAAGGCAUUACUCUGCCCAGCCAGACUUGUAUUUCUAAGGUGACAGCCGAUGACCUCGUAAGCAGUGGCAUUUCUUUCCCUUCUGGAAGAAAAAUGGGACUUCUUUCAUUAGAAAAUCUCCAUUCAUCCACAAGAUCUUCUGCUAGACAAGCCCUUGGUAUCACUAUUGUGCGACAGCCUGGACGAAGAGGAGCUGGGGACUUACAGCUAGACCCGUUCCUGUAUCUUGUGGUGUCUCAGCCUUCUUUGCUGCUUAGCUGUCACCACCGAAAGCAGAGGGUGGAAAUGUCUAUUUUUGAUGCUGUGCUUAAGGGAGUAGCCUCUAGCUACAGGUGUACAGAUCCUGGGAAGACACUACCAGAAGCUCUGGAUUACUCGAAGGUCUGGUUACAGACAGUGGCUGGAGAAAUAGAUACCAAAAGUGGAAUUCCACCUUCUCUUGUUGUUCUACAAAUUAAAGACUUCCUUAAUGGACCAGCGGACAUCAAUUUGGAUAUAUCAAAGCCUUUGAAGGCAAACCUUAGUUUUGUCAAACUAGAUCAAAUAAACCAUUUUCUGAAGAAGAUCAGAAAUGCUAAUGGCCCUGAGGGCAGCACAGAGGCUUCAGCUCUGUCAGACACCGUAGUGAACAAGGAUGAGCUAUUAGCCAAAUGUUCCCGUGGAAAGCUGCCUGUUCCUGUAGGACAAGCUGAUGGAGUACAAAAGGUUCCAGUUCAAGAAAACGUGUGGAGAGCUGUUUCCUGCUUUCAGAAAAUUUCUGUCCAAACUUCUCAGAUAGUGGUUUCCAUGGAAACCGUACCCCAUCCUAAGAAGCCAUGCCUCUUAGCAUCUUUAUCAAGCCUCAGUGGAAGCCUGAAUGUCAAGGCAGGACAGAGGACACCUGGUGUAAUUCUUGGAUCAUCAUUACUACUCAACAUAAAUGACUUUCUUCUGAAAACAAGCCUCAAAGAAAAAAGUCGAGUUCUAAUAGGGCCCUGCUGUGGUACUGCCAGUUUGGAAGCUAAAUGGUGUAAACAUAGUGGUAAUCCUGGCCCAGAACAUUCCGUUCCAAAAGUAUUCAUUGAUUUAAGCGGAGGGCUAGUACAGGUCUUUUGGGGUCAAGAACAUUUGAAUUGUUUAGUUCUUCUACAUGAACUACUUUAUGGAUACCUAAACAAUGAAGGCAAAUCAGAGAUACCAGCUCCUGAUCAAGUACUACAAAUGCCACGUCCUUUUGAAAAGAACCAGACCUUUAAAACUGAGCAAAGUUCUGAUGACCUGAGAACAGGCCUAUUUCAGUACAUUCAGGAUGCUGAGUCCUUAAAACUGCCUGGUGUCCAUGAAGUUGUGUUUUAUAAUGAAACUGAGGACAGUCCCGGCAUGAUGUUAUGGAGAUAUCCAGAACCUAGAGUGCUUACCCUUGUUCGAAUAAGCCCUGUUCCUUUCAAUACCACAGAGGAUCCUGAUAUUAGUACAGCUGACCUUGGGGAUGUUCUACAGGUUCCUUGUAGUUUGGAAUACUGGGAUGAACUCCAGAAAACUUUUGUUGCUUUUCGAGAAUUCAGUCUUUCUGAAAGUAAGGUUUAUGAGCUGCAGUUGCCUGACAUCAACCUUGUGAAUGACCAGAAGAAAUUGGUAGCCUCAGACCUUUGGAGAAUUGUACUGAAUAACAGCCAAAAUGGAGCCGAUGACCAAAGCUCUGAAAGUGAAUCUGGCUCUCAAAGUGCUUGUGAUCAGCUUGUAACACCAACAGCCCUGGCUGCCUGUACACGAGUGGACUCCUGCUUUACUCCGUGGUUUGUGCCAUCCCUCGCUGUCUCUCUCCAGUUCGCUCACCUAGAAUUCCAUUUCUGUCAUCACCUUGAUCAGUUGGGCACAGUUUCACCACAGUACCUGCAACCAUUCAUCUCUGAUAAGAAUGUGCCAGCUGAGCUAGAAUACAUGAUUCUCUCCUUUAGAGAACCACAUGUUUAUCUCAGGCAGUGGAACGAUGGAUCGGUCUGUCAGGAGUUCCAGUUCUCUACUCAAGCUGAUUGCAAACUUCUGGAGUGCAGAAAUGUUACCAUGCAGAGUGUGGUGAAACCCUUCAGCAUCUACGGACAGAUCGCUGUUUCUAGCGAGGCAACAGAAAAACUUCUGGAUUGUACUGUGAUAGUUGAUUCUAUAUUUGUAAACUUUGGGCAGCAUGCAGUUCAUUCUCUAAACACUGCAGUACAAGCUUGGCAACAGAACCAAUGCCCUGAGGUAGAGGAGUUGGUCUUCAGCCAUUUUGUGAUCUGUAAUGACACACAGGAGACACUGCGGUUUGGCCAGGUGGAUACUGAUGAAAAUAUUCUGCUGGCCAGUCUCCACAGUCACCAGUACAGCUGGCGUUCUCACAAGUCCCCACAGCUGUUACACAUCUGUAUUGAAGGUUGGGGUAACUGGCGCUGGUCAGAGCCAUUCAGUGUGGACAGUACUGGAACUUUUAUCAGAACAAUUCAGUACAAGGGCCGAACUGCCUCACUCAUCAUCAAGGUUCAGCACCUCAGUGGAGUACAAAAACAGAUUAUCAUCUGCGGGAGACAGAUCAUCAGCAGCUACUUAGACCAGAACAUUGAACUCAAAGUGGCACAGCAUGUGAUGGGGCCUGACGGACAGGCUGUGGUCAGGGAACAUUUGGAUAUCCUCAGAGGCAAGCACAAAUUACCAUCCUACGUUCUAGAAGAUCAUGAACUCACAGAGCUGUGCGUGAAAGCUGAAGGAGAUGAAGCCUGGUCACGAGAUGUGUGCUUAGAAGACAAACUCACUGAUUACAGCAUUGUUAUCCAGGUGCCAUCUUCAAACAGUUCUAUUAUCUAUGUUUGGUGCACAGUUCUGACUUUAGAACCCAAUUCUCAAGUAGAGCAACGAAUGAUUGUGUUCAGCCCUCUUUUUAUCAUGAGGAGUCAUCUUCCAGACCCCAUUAUCAUACAUUUGGAGAAAAGGAGUCUGGGAUUGAGCGAAACACAAAUCAUUCCAGGGCAGGGGCAAGAGAAAUCACUGCAAAACAUAGAACCUGAUCUUGUGCAUCACCUAACGUUUCAAGCAAGAGAAGAGGAGGAUCCUUCAGACUGUGCUGUCCCUAUCUCAACAGCACUCAUCAAACAAAUAGCUACUAAGACUCAUCCUGAAGGCCCAGUGAAUCAGAUUCUCGCAGAGUUCUAUGGCCCACAGAACUCUCCCCUGCCUGUGUGGCCCUAUAAUAAGAAGGAUGCUGACAGUAACGAACAACUAAGUCAGUGGGACAGCCCAAUGCGGGUGAAGCUGUCUGUCUGGAAGCCGUAUGUGAAGACACUGCUGAUAGAACUUCUGCCCUGGGCCUUGCUGAUCAAUCAGUCUAAGUGGGACCUGUGGCUUUUUGAAGGAGAGAAGAUCAUUCUCCAGGUUCCAGCUGGCAAAAUUAUAAUCCCUCCCAAUUUUCAGGAAGCCUUUCAAAUUGGAAUAUAUUGGGCGAAUACAAACACUGUGCAUAAGUCAGUGGCAAUUAAAUUGGUCCACAACCUGACAUCUCCCAAAUGGAAAGAUGGCAGCAAUGGAGAAGUUGUGGUAUUGGAUGAAGAAGGGUUUGUGGGUGCUGAAAUCAGACUCGGUGCUUUCCCAGGACAUCAGAAGCUGUGCCAGUUCUGCAUUUCUUCAAUGGUUCGGCAAGGUAUACAAAUUCUACAGAUUGAAGAUGAGGCCAUAAUCACCAAUGACACUCCGUACCAAAUAUUUUGUAAGCCACAGUUAACUGUUCCAAGUCCCUGUUACAGAGAGGAGGAGUGUUUGCCUGUUCCAGACAGUGCAACUUUUAGCAUUAGCCCAGGGAAACAUCAGCCUACUAUGGAAUCCAGUUCCCUUCCUUGCUGGGACUUGAUGCCUGACAUUGGUCCAUCAACACUGGAAAUGUCCCUUCUGCAGAAGCAAAUUUUGCUGAGUUUUUGUCCUGCUGUGGGUGCUGAUGGUGCACAGUACUGGAGCCUGCCAGCUGUGGUUAGACCAGAGUUCCCCAGACAGAGUGUGGCAGUGCCUGUUGGGAACUGCAGUGAAAAUGGAUUCUCUACCAGGGCUAUAGCACUGACUCACCAGCAGUAUCUUGGAGUCACUUACUUAACCCUCACAGAAGAUCCUAGUCCUCGAAUCAUUCUUCACAACAAAUGUCCAGUCACAAUGCUUAUGAGGGAAAAUAUAAAAGAUACUCCAAAGUUUCAAGUCUAUUGUAGAAAAAUUCCAGCUGAAUGUUCAAUUCAUCAUGAGCUGUAUCAUCAAAUCUGUAGCUACCCUGACUGUAGACCCAAAGAGUUACUUCCUAGCCUUCUGCUGAAAGUUGUGCCAUUGGGUGAUGUAACAACUGAAUGGAGUGAUUUCAUUGACAUUAACAACCAGGGAACACAGGUUUUGUUCUUAACUGGUUUUGGCUAUGUGUAUGUGGAUAUCAUUCAUGAGUGUGGCACAGUAAUAAUAACAAUGGCCCCAGAAGGAAAAGCAGAACCAAUCUUAACCAAUGCCACCAGGACUCUGGGGAAGAGUGUUACACUAAAAGUGUUCAUCACUCAGUCGAGUCUUGCAGUAUUUGAUGAUCUCACCCACCACAAAACAUCAUCUGAGCUUCUGCGGCUCACGCUGGAUAACAUUUUUCUGAACAUGGAACCAGCGGCCAGCUACCUCAGAGCCCUACCUCUUGAAGGGGCUGCUACAGGACUCCCACAGCUUUACAGCCUGGAGGUCUUCUGUGGAGACUUUCAGCUGGACAAUCAACUCUAUAACAAAUCCAACUUCCACUUUCCUGUCUUGGUCUGCCAGGGAGAAAAAGUGGAAACUAUCCAGUGGUCCAGAAUGCAUAAUCUCCUCAUAUCUAGCAAAGAUUUGGAAGACUAUAAAGAAAAUUGCUUUAUCAAACUUUGUAUCACCUUGUCUGAAAAACAAAACUUCCUGUUUGAUAUUAAUGAGUUUAGUUUUGAACUGAAACCGGCCAGGUUAUAUGUAGAAGACACAUUUGUUUACUACAUCAAAACUCUCUUUGAUACUUAUCUUCCCAACAGCAAACUGGCUAGUCAUUCUAAGAGACACUCGGACCUCACGCAGCUGUUGCCUGAGCAAGUCAGACAGCACGCUAAAGCUUUAGUCAAUCCAGUGAAAUUAAGGAGACUGGCCAUCCAGCCAGUGAACCUCUCAGUCAGUAUCCAUGCAUCCCUGAAGCUGUACAUUGCUUCCGAUCACACGCCUCUCGCCUUCUCCCUAUUCGAACGAGGACCCAUCUUCACAACUGCCAGGCAGCUCUUCCACACUCUGGCGAUGCACUAUGCUGCUGGGGCUCUCUUCAGAGCAGGCUGGGUGGUGGGCUCUCUGGAGAUUCUCGGCAGCCCAGCUGGCCUGGUCAGAAGCAUCGGGAAUGGCAUCGACGACUUCUUUAGGCUUCCCUACGAAGGGCUGACGCGAGGCCCCGGGGCAUUUGUCAGUGGAGUUUCCAGAGGGACUACAUCCUUCGUAAAGCACAUUUCCAAAGGUACCCUGACAUCCAUCACCAACUUGGCCACAAGCCUGGCCCGGAACAUGGACCGACUCUCCUUGGAUGAGGAGCACUAUAACCGGCAGGAGGAGUGGCGGCGUCAGCUUCCUGAGAAUUUGGGAGAAGGGCUCCGGCAGGGUCUGUCCAGACUAGGCCUCAGCCUCUUGGGUGCAAUUGCUGGUAUUGUAGACCAGCCAAUGCAGAACUUUCAGAAAACAUCCGAGGCCCAGGCAUCAGCCGGCCAUAAGGCCAAAGGCGUUAUCUCCGGUGUGGGUAAAGGAAUCAUGGGGGUGUUCACUAAGCCCAUCGGAGGAGCAGCGGAGCUAGUGUCGCAGACUGGCUACGGUAUUUUACACGGAGCUGGCCUUUCUCAGCUUCCCCAGCAACGCUAUUAUCCAAGAGAUCAGCACACUGACCAGGCUCCAAAUAGCCAUGUCAAAUACGUCUGGAAAAUGCUGCAGUCACUGGGGAGGCCAGAAGUCCACAUGACCUUGGAUGUAGUUCUUGUGAGUGGCUCAGGCCAGGAACACGAAGGAUGCUUGCUUUUAACAUCAGAAGUGCUCUUUGUCGUCAGUGUGAGUGAAGACACACAGCAGCAAGCCUUUCCCAUCACCGAGGUUGACUGUGUCCAAGGUGUCGAGCAGAAAAACCUUCUAAAGGUGCAGCUCAGGCAGCCCAGAGUGACCUGUGACAUAGAGGUGGAUGGUGCCAGAGAAAGGCUGUCUGAACAGCAGUACAACAGACUUGUGGACUACAUCACAAAAACAUCAUACCAUCUUGCCCCAACUUCUACUUCCAUGCAGACACCAUGUCCUGUGGUGGCCGUGGAGCCCCUUCCUUCCACGGUGAAAACGUAUCAUUAUCUGGUGGAUCCAAGUUUUGCUCACGUCUUUAUUAGCAAGUUCAUUAUGGUGAAGAACAAAGCCCUGCGGAAGGGCUUUCCCUGAGUCCUAAUGUGAUGGAGGGAGAGACACCUAGUCAGGCAUCUACCGUUUUUUAAAAAGAAAUGAAUCCUGUUUUAUAACUAUGUGAUAUAGAACCAAGAUGUUAAUAGUAGCCUCAGUCAUUCUGGAAACUCUUCUGAAAUCACUGCAAGAGGAGCCUUAAAUCUGGUUCUGCUCCCCCUGCCCCUCCCCCGGUCACCCGCGGCCAAGGCCCUCUCCCCACAUGCGCGCACACACACGCGCGCGCACACACACACACACACACACACCACAGUGCUAUUUACAACUACAAAAGUAACAACUUUAGAAUGAGGGCCCCCUUUCCCUUAGAGGAGAUGACAACAGGAAUCCUGCACACAGUAGUAUUGUCAUCAGACAUUAUAUAACUCCAUUUGCAAAAGUUUCCAUAGUAAUUCAAGAUUUAUAACUGCUCCUUCAAAGACAGAAUGUGGUCAGACUGGAGAGCCACUAGCUCAGCACUUCAUUCCCAGCUCCAAUAUUGCUGAGCUAAUAAUAAGCCCAUGAGCCAGUCCCAUAACCUGUCCGUGCCUCAGUGCCCCUGUGUGUCCAGGCAGGGUCAGAAUGAUUUGUGGGGCUACUUAGCCCCUUCAGUGAAGCAGUACACAAGUGCCAAGUGUUCUAAUAAGUUGCUCAGAGCUUAGUCGUGUUUCACCCACUGACUCUGAAACGGUUGAUGUGGCUCCUUUAGUGACAGCUGCUAGUUAGCACCUCCCUAGCUUCAAAAUGGCCUCAUUUAAUUGAAACUUUGUAGAGCAUUUGAGUUGAUUAGGACCCUGUGUGUUUUGGAAAAUAAGCUGGAAGCUGCACUGUUUGUGUUUUAAGUAUCUAUGUAUAGUUGUCAUGACCAUUUUUUCCCUUCAUCUGAAAAGCCUCAACUUUGCCCAGAUAGAUGAACUGUUAAUCUUUGUUGGAAGAAACAAUGGUUUUACAGAUCAACAGGGUUCAGGUAGGUUUCUUUGUCACCAUAAACCACAUUUCAGGAUCUGGAACUCCCUUUGUAGAUGCCCUGCCAAAGGAAUUAAUGGAGGGAUUUCUAAUGCCAUGUUGAGGUCAAGAGAAGUUAGAAGGCCUGUCAUUAAUUCUCAAAGUGACCUAAAUCCAGUGAGCCCCUUCAGCUGAGCAGGCAAGAAUGAAGGAAAUUAUAAAAACAUUCCCAGCACAGAUUCCAAUUGAGUUUUUUACCCAGUUUCCAGAAUGUCCAUUUUCAUUUCUGAAUAGCUUUUGUUGAAAAAUGUGGCUUCAGUUAUCUUAGACCUGAGAUUUGCUAGCCUGUAGUCUAGGGAGGCUACAUAAUAUUAAAUGUUUGGCAGUUUCUCACAAACUUAGGAGGUCAUAUACCUACAACUAGGAAACACUAUGAAAAUGCACAUUGAAGUCUUUAUCUAAAGGCUACAUUUUGCUGGACUUUUCAAGAACAUGAACACAGCUGUUUCUGAAAACCAAGAUUGUAUGUAUAGUUUUUUCAAAGAAAUGUUAAGCUUCAAAUUUGUGCUGAAUGUGAAAUGGUCCAUCCAUUUAUGAAAGUAACUUGUCUUGCAGUGUGACAGUUUUGUCAUUUGACCUGAAGGGCAACUAUUAAGAAGAUGUAAAUAUGUAUUCAUUCCUGAAUAUUUCAUGGCACACAAUUUAAUACUGCUCAUUUUACAAAUUGCUUCCAUAAAUUGUAAUAUAAGAAUUGUUUAAAAUAAAAGUAUUCCUAGAUGA